AUGGCCAUCACAGACACUCUCCGCUCCCGCGCAUCAGACUCCCACGGCGGUCUCGUAGGUGGCAUCCUUCGCGGCCUCUUACGCUUCUUCCAAUUCGUCCUCGCCCUCACAGUCUGCGGCCUCUACGGCGUCGACCUCCACCACGCCUCACAAGCUCCCAACGGCUACGCAGACAGCAAAUGGGUCUUCGCCGAAGUCGUCGCAGGCCUCGCAGCCUUCACCAUCAUCCUCUACGCCUCGCUCGGCUGCUGCAUGCCGACCUUGUCUGAGAAACUCUUCGGCUGGGAUUGGGUUCUGUUUAUCUUGUGGACUGCUGUGUUUGGUCUCUUCGGCAGCAUCUACAUCCACGCAGAUCCCUCGCCAGAACAGCAUGGACAGCAGCGGAUGAAGAAUGCGGUGUGGGUGGAUUUGGUGAACAUGCUGCUGUGGUUGGUCUCGGCGAUUUAUGCGACGCUUAUAUUCUUCAAGGGAAGGCACGGCAGGACAAUGCAUACGGGUCGUGCGAAGGUCUAG